UUACAUCGAAAUUACAUACAUACUUACGGUUUUCGAUCGACAACCAACAGCUGGUUAUUUGUUUAAACAAUAGCAUAUACAUAAAUACAUAAACAAUUUACAAAGUGUAAGCAAAGAUAAUAAUAAUACACAUGUGGUAAUCAAUAUUAGUAGACGCCGCAAAGUUUCAACCGAAGUUGACGCACCGGCCCAUAGCACAGUCGUGCAAGGCAACUCGUGAAGAGCACUAGCUAUCUAGGCAGCCACAUAUUUAAUUUUGGAAAAACGCUCUUCUAUUACCAAUUGUUGACAACAUAAACCUACGUUGUGUAGGCGCUAACGCAUAUCUACGUCCAACUCCGUUAAAGUGCUGUUUAUGGAAUUUUCCACGCAUACAUAAACGCUUUUGAUCAUUCACUGCCAGCGUGCAUGCUCGCCGCAACUCUGUGUCAGUGUGUUUUUGUAUAUACAAAGACGUCUUAGCCAACAUUAGUCCAUUCAUUCAUAGAGUGUGCUUAGAGAAAACAUAUAGCUAACAUAGCAUAAACGAACAUUCCGGAACACUAGAAAAUGUCUCAUCGUCGCUUAUACAUGGAGGCUACACAACGGCCACUAGAACCGUAUUGUGAUUGUGAAUUUCCGCAAAGUGUCCUUUUAGCUACUUAUACAGGAUAUAUACCGGAUUUAGUGAAAUGUCGUUGUGGUGAACGUACUGAAAAAAAGCAAAAUGUUAAUAUUACUUCAGAAAAGAAUAGUGAAGAUGAUAAGCAGUUGGAGGAGUCGAUAUGCCAACCGAACGGUUUGCAAUGGAAUUGGGAACAAAAUGAAACCACCGACACAUUAAUUAAAGAUGCUGACAUUACCUUUCAUCCCACCUACAGCCAAGGUACGGCUAUUGUGCGCAGUGUACAACCAUUAAAAGCGGGUAUGGUGCAUUUUUGGGAGAUGCGGAUCAUAACGCCACUUGCGGGUACCGAUGUGAUGUUCGGCGUUGGCACCGAUAAAGUUGAGCUUAAUCAAUUCCAGUACCAUUUCGUUUCGGCGCUCGGUACAAAUGCACAAUCUUGGGGCUUCUCUUAUAAUGGCAAAAUCCAACAUAAUGGCGUACAGCUGCCAUAUGGUCAGAAAUUCUCACAAGGCUGCAUUGUUGGCGUUUGUUUGGAUCGUGCACGCGGUACUUUGGAAUUUUAUCUAAAUCGUCGUUCACUCGGUAUAGCCUAUACGAAUAUACCGCGUGAUCCGCAAGUGCAACUCUAUGCCAUGGUCUGUUCAACUGCGGCCAAGUCGGUGGUGCGCUUAAUUAAUUCUACCUCACAAAUGGAUUGCCUGCAAUUGCGUGCAUUCAAAGCACUCUCGAAGCACCCCAAAGAUUUGCAAUUAUUGCGUCAAAUGCCUGGUUUUCGUGGUGUAUUGAAUGAUUAUUGGUUUCUCACACCGCCGGUGCGUUACUCACGUCGCAGUGCGGCGUCGGAGCUUGAUAUUGCCGAUGAGGCGGUACUCUCGAAGUCGCGACUGGGUAGAAAGCAGAAAUACAAAGAUGAUGACUUAGACAUAAACGAUCUCUACUCAAACGCACACAAAAUAGCGAUGCGUUGCAGUCCAGAAACGGAUGAGGAAUUACAUGCGAGCGAAUUAUUCGAUGAAUAUUUUCAUUAUCUAUUCUAAGCGUUUGAUAGAUUUAAAAUUAAUGCAAAGACUUACUUUUUUUUCGAACAAAAAUUUCAUACAAAAAACUCUCGGCCAUUUAAGCGCUUGCGUUUUUAUGGUUUUUCAAUUUGUAGUACUGUUAUUGCAGCUGUAAACAAUUUGUGCUACAAUUCUUAUUCUUAGCUGUAAUAUUUUAAAGCUUAAAAAAUAGUUGCAUACUCCAAAAAAUUUCCAUUGCUCAUAAUAUUGAUUUUAAAUUAGCAUUUUGUAACGAACAAACAACAAAAUAUGUGUCGCAUUUAUUUACCAUAUACUUAUGUAUAUCUAUUUACAUAUGUAUUGACUUGCAUUGUUUACAACUAAACAUUUACAAAAGCCUCUAUUAAUUCCUGUGACUUAAUAUUUUUAGCAUUUAAUUCUUAGCAAACUUAACUUUUGAGCCAAAUUAAUACCUGUGUAUCUAUGUUUUUUCUUCGUUUUUUUCACUUUUAUUUACUCACUUUACUGUCGCCGCACUUUGCAGGUGAACUAAGCCGGCCUAAAACACUUGUAAAAACAAACAUGUAAUAUUAUUAUUUAGUUAUCGAUCACCAGUGUUUGUAUGUAUAUAUGUUACUAGUGGUGUACUUGUAUAAGUAGUUAAGUAUGUGUUAUUCGAUAUACAUAUAUAUGUAUAGUAGUAGCAUUAAAUAUUGUAUUAGUGUACUCCCAUUGGAUAUGCACUAAUUGUUAUACUUACAUACAUACACAUAUAAAAACUCUAUUGUGAGUUUGAUUGUGGACUGUGUUCAGUUUAGAUUAUUUUUACUUCUCUUAACGAACAAUUAGCACAAAAAAUUAGUCAA